CGCAGCUUCUGGAGGUGGUUCCCAUUGUUCCCCGUGGUUCCCGAUCCCGGGGCCCCAAGCGCGGGGAGGGGGGGUCAGUUACAGCCACGGGAUCCGUAACAGCCGAGCGUAAGGCCCGAGCCUGCAGUUUGUUCUAACCCCUUUCCUGCAAGCCUCUCCCAGCCGGGCCUCACCUUUUACGCGAGUGCCCUGGUCUCUGGGCCUAGCCUCCUGUCUCUUGCAUUUCAUCUCCCCUAUGGGGUUUGUGGCUUCCCAGGACGGCUGAAACUCUGGCCCGCGAUGAGAAGUAGCGGCUGCAGACAGAUGUAACAUAAUGGGUGUGGACUUUGAUGUUAAGACAUUUUGCCACAACCUGAGGGCCACCAAACCUCCUUACGAAUGUCCGGUAGAGACCUGCCGCAAGAUCUAUAAAAGCUACAGCGGUAUUGAGUAUCACCUGUAUCACUACGAUCAUGACAAUCCGCCGUUUCAGCAGCAGACUCCGAUUCGGAAGCCAAAAAAGAAAGGCCGCCAGCCUCGCUCGGCAAACAAGCAAUCCCCGACUCCUUCUGAGCUUUCUCAGUCCCCCAGCCGCGAGGUGAUGACUUACGCGCAGGCCCAGCGGCUCGUGGAGGUAGAGUUACACGGGCGAGUGCACCGUAUAAGUAUCUUUGACAACCUAGAUGUUGUUUCAGAGGAUGACGAGGUGCCAGAAGAGACACCCGAGAACGGAAGCAACAAGGAGAAUAACGAGACUCCUACAGCCACCCCAAAAUCUGGAAAACAUAAGAACAAGGAGAAGCGGAAGGACUCCAACCACCAGCACCACCACAGUGCGUCCACUGGAACCACUCCAAAGCUGCCUGAAGUUGUCUACCGGGAGCUUGAUCUGGACACGCCGGAUGCACCUACCCGUCCUUCCUCCUAUUAUAGGUAUAUUGAGAAGUCUGCAGAAGAGCUGGAUGAAGAAGUGGAGUACGACAUGGACGAAGAGGACUACAUCUGGCUGGACAUCAUGAACGAGCGCCGGAAGGCGGAAAACGUCAACUCCAUCCCCCAGGAGAUCUUCGAAUACUUGAUGGACAGGCUUGAGAAGGAGUCGUACUUUGAGAGCCAUAACAAAGGCGACCCCAACGCGUUGAUUGACGAGGACGCCGUGUGUUGUAUUUGCAACGACGGGGAAUGUCAGAACAGUAACGUUAUAUUAUUCUGCGACAUGUGUAACUUGGCCGUGCAUCAGGAGUGCUAUGGGGUUCCCUACAUACCGGAAGGACAGUGGCUUUGUAGACGGUGUCUCCAGUCGCCUUCUCGGGCAGUGGAUUGUGCGCUGUGCCCAAAUAAAGGAGGGGCAUUUAAACAGACAGAUGACGGGCGUUGGGCGCAUGUUGUUUGCGCGCUUUGGAUCCCUGAGGUUUGCUUUGCUAACACUGUCUUCCUGGAGCCUAUAGACAGCAUUGAACACAUCCCAGCAGCGAGGUGGAAGCUAACCUGCUAUAUCUGCAAACAGCGCGGCUCGGGUGCGUGCAUCCAGUGCCACAAAGCAAACUGUUACACGGCGUUCCACGUCACCUGCGCGCAGCAGGCUGGCCUGUACAUGAAGAUGGAGCCGGUAAGAGAGACCGGGGCCAACGGCACGUCUUUCAGCGUCCGUAAGACUGCGUACUGCGAUAUCCACACGCCGCCCGGGUCGGUGUGCAAACUCCCGGCGCUCUCCCACAGCGAAGGGGAGGAUGAGGAUGAUGAGGAGGAAGAAGACGGCAAAGGCUGGAGCUCUGAGAGAGUCAAAAAGGCCAAGGCCAAGUCACGGAUAAAAAUGAAAAAAGCUCGGAAGAUCCUUGCGGAGAAGAGAGCGGCCGCCCCGGUUGUGUCUGUGCCUUGCAUCCCCCCACACAGGCUCAGUAAGAUCACCAACCGUCUGACCCUUCAGAGAAAGAGCCAGUUCAUGCAACGCCUGCACAGCUACUGGACCCUAAAGAGACAGUCCCGCAACGGAGUCCCCUUAUUACGCAGACUGCAGACGCACUUACAGUCCCAGAGAAACAGCGAGCAGGAAAUGAAGUGGCGGAUACCUCUGCCCGAUGACAUACCGGUUAACCUUGGAGCCAUCUGCAAAUCGACCGAUGAGUCCGGAGAGCAGGCUCACAAGAAUGAUCCCACGGAUAAGAAUUGGAUAUUGAAGGAACAGCUGAAAUCAUGGCAGAGACUACGACACGACUUGGAACGGGCGCGUCUGCUAGUGGAGCUAAUACGGAAACGAGAGAAACUCAAGAGAGAAACGAUUAAGGUCCAGCAGUUGGCUCUUGAGAUGCAGCUAACUCCCUUUCUCAUUCUCCUGAGAAAAACAUUAGAACAGCUCCAGGAGAAAGACACCAGCAAUAUAUUCUCCAAGCCGGUCCCUCUGUCCGAGGUAACAGAAAUCUACGAAGUGCCCGACUAUCUCGAACAUAUCAAGAAGCCGAUGGACUUUCAGACAAUGAAGCGUAACCUCGAGGCUCUCCGCUACCAAAACUUUGACCAGUUCGAGGAAGACUUCGGCUUAAUAGUUGGCAACUGCAUCAAGUACAACGCGAAGGACACCAUCUUCUACCGGGCAGCGGCCCGUCUGCGGGAACAGGGGGCGGCCGUGCUCCGAGCGGCACGCCGGCAAGCCGAGAAGAUCGGCAUAGACUUUGAAACUGGAAUGCACUUACCCCAAGUUACUACUGGGAACGAGAGCGGCCGCCAUGGCAGAGAAAAUGACAUGGAAUGGGCUCCUCUCUCCAACAAGCGAAAACAGCUCCCCUUAGAGGAACAGUUGAAGUUUCAGCUGGCGCGUCUGGACGAGGUCAAUUCGAGCAAGCAGAGCAUCGGCAAGGCCCGCCGCGCCAAGAUGAUCCGCAAAGAGAUCACCUCCAUCCGCCGCAAGAUGGCCUAUCAGAUGGAAUCCCGAAGGGACGGCGGCAUGGACCGGCACGGCUCGUCCAGCCGGGGAGCCCUGCCCAUGCGCGGCCCUUCAGAGAAGGAUGGGCAGACAGACAGUGCUGCGGAAGAGAGCAGCAGCCAGGAGACGGGGAAAGGACUUGGCUCAAAUACUUCCUCUACUCCUGCUCACGAAGUUGGUAGAAGGACGUCUGUCCUUUUCUCCAAGAAGAACCCAAAAACCGCCGGACCUCCAAAGCGACCGGGGAGACCACCCAAGAACAGAGACAACCAGCUGGCUUCGGGUCAGAUCAGCAGCCCGAUUGGGCCACCUCAGCUCUCGAUAAUGGGGGGGUCACAGAGACAACGGAAAAGGGGAAGAAGUCCCCGUCCGACAUCCAGCUCGGACAGUGACAGCGACAGCGACAAGUCGGCGGAUGAACCGUCUCUGGACUUGCCAACCAACGGGUUCAGCGGCAGUAACCAGCAGGUGAAAAAGAGUUUCUUGGUUUAUCGUAAUGACUGCAACCUUCCCCGGAGCAGCUCUGACUCGGAAUCCAGCAGCAGCAGCAGCAGUAGCGCAGCAUCCGACAGAACCAGCACAACGCCCUCUAAACAGGGUCGGGGAAAGCCCUCUUUCUCCAGAGAGAACUUUCCUGAUUAUAGCAGUGAGGACACGUCUGGAACCGAAAACGAAUCCUACUCCAUGGGUAGCCGAGGUGGACACGGCUUGGUACGCAAAGGAAUGGAGGGACGAGGGGCUGGGUGGCUGUCCGAAGAUGAAGACUCCCCUCUAGAAGCCUUAGACUUGGUGUGGGCCAAGUGUCGGGGAUACCCUUCCUAUCCAGCUCUGAUUAUCGACCCGAAGAUGCCACGAGAAGGCGUGUUUCACCACGGCGUCCCAAUCCCUGUUCCACCCAUAGAUGUCCUCAAGUUGGGAGAGCAGAUGACUCAAGAAGCACAAGAACACCUCUACCUCGUCCUGUUUUUUGACAAUAAGCGCACUUGGCAAUGGCUGCCCAGAACAAAGUUAGUUCCGCUCGGUGUGAAUCGGGAGCUGGACAAGGAAAAGAUGUUGGAAGGGCGAAAAUCGAAUAUCCGUAAAUCCGUUCAGAUUGCCUACGGCCGCGCCAUGCAGCACCGCAACAAAGUCCAAGGCGAACAGAGCAGCGAUUCCAGCGAAAGCGAUUAACCGCGUCCUGCCCAGAGAAGCUCUGUUCAAUCCCGAGGCUGCGUACGCCGACGCUGCAAGGCUAGGCAGCUCCAUGGCCAUCCAGGAACCAAAGUCACGAGCCUUUAUAACAAGAAGCCGGCGCG